GGAAUGACGGAGAGAGGGCAUGGAAGCAAAUAAUACUGGCAGUUCUGGACGGCGGCUGGUAGAGAUGAGCUGGAGAGACAAUAGAGGACUGGGUUUGGGGCGGGGGGUGGGUAACACCGAAUAAAGUGGGGAAAUUGAUUGUAAAUGCUUGCUUGCUUGCUAAAAAAACAAAAAUAAAGAAUAAACAAGGGGGAGUGAGGAGAAGACAGGUGGAUACAAGGCCACGAUUUGGGGUGGCGCUUGGGAGGCAAGAGCCAGUUUCCAGACUCCAAAUUUAGCUCAGCAGCCGGCAAACCUGCGCUCUGGGAAUCUGACACUGUGGUCCGGAUGCCAGGCCCUCGGGCCGGCUGUGCCUGGUCCGCGGCGGGCGGCAACUGGGAGUGGCCCCCAGGUGGGCGUGUGCAUCCACCUGUCCCGGCCCGUUUCCCACGGCUGACCGGGUCAGACUGGGGCGGCCUAGGCAAGGCUUGCGUCAAGGCCGAGCGAAGGGAGAGACGGAGAGAAGGCGCCGCGGGACCGAGGAGGCCGCGGGCCGAGGAGGGGGACUGAGGGGUUCAGAGCGGGAACGCAGGGCACUGGCCAGCACUUAGAUUUCCUCGUCCUGUGCCGCCCGGCCUGCCAUCAACACGCAGCCUCCCCUCCCGUUUUCCAGCCCGGCCCACCCUCAGCUCCAGUCUCAGCCAGCCGGCGUCGGCCCCGCCCUUCCUCUCCGAGUGGGCGCUCGGAGAACCGCCCCGGCCGCUGCGUUCCGUGCCGUGUGCUGUGGGAUCAGGUGGCCUCCCUGGCGCCGCCAGACCUGGGUGCCGCGAGGGCGCGCAUGGCGGCGGUGGGUCCGCGGACUGGCCCAGGCGCUGGGGCCGAGGCGCUGGCGCUGGCGGCAGAGCUGCAGGGCGAGGCGACCUGCUCCAUCUGCCUGGAGCUCUUCCGCGAGCCGGUGUCCGUCGAGUGCGGUCACAGCUUCUGCCGCGCCUGCAUCGCGCGAUGCUGGGAGCGCCCCGGCGUGGGGGCCGCCUCCGCGUCCCGCACGCUGCCCUUCUCGCUGCCCUGCCCGCAGUGUCGCGAGCCCGCGCGCCCGGGCCAGCUGCGGCCCAACCGGCAGCUGGCCGCGGUGGCCACACUGCUGCGGCGCUUCAGCCUGCCAGCGGCCGCGCCCGGGGAGCGCGGGGCUCCGGAGGCGGUGGCGGCCGGGUGCGCGCAGCACGGCGAACCGCUCAAGCUCUACUGCCAGGACGACGGCCGUGCCAUUUGCGUGGUGUGCGACCGCGCCCGCGAGCACCGCGCGCACGCCGUGUUGCCGCUCGACGAGGCCGUGCAGGAGGCCAAGGAACUCCUGGAGUCCAGGCUGAAGGUCUUGAAGAAGGAUCUGGAUGACUAUGAGGUGUUUCGUUCCACCGAAGAGAAGGAGAGCAAGGAGCUCCUGAAGCAGAUGGCAGCCGAGCGAGAGAAGGUGGGGGCGGAGUUCCAGGCUCUACGGGCCUUCCUGGUGGAGCAGGAGGGCCGGCUCCUGGGCCGCCUGGAGGAGCUGUCCAGGGAGGUGACACAGAAGCAGAAUGAGAACCUGGCCCAGCUCGGGAGUGAGAUCGCCCAGCUCUCCAAGCUCAGCAGCCAGAUCCAGGAGACAACUUGCAAGCCCGACCUUGACUUUCUCCAGGAAUUCAAAACCACACUAAGCAGAUGCAGCAAUGUGCCUGCCCCCAAGCCAACCACAGUCUCUUCUGAGAUGAAGAAUAAAGUCUGGAAUGUUUCCCUCAAGACUUUUGUCUUAAAGGGGCUGCUCAAGAAGUUCAAAGAAGAUCUCCGGGGAGAGCUGGAGAAAGAGGAAAAAGUGGAGCUGACCUUGGACCCGGACACGGCCAACCCCCGGCUCAUCCUCUCUCUGGAUCUUAAGAGCGUGCGCCUUGGACAGCGGGCCCAGGACCUGCCCAGCCACCCGCGCCGCUUCGACACCAACACUCGGGUCCUGGCGUCAUGCGGCUUCUCGUCAGGGCGGCACCACUGGGAGGUGGAAGUGGGCUCCAAGGACGGCUGGGCCUUCGGGGUGGCCCGGGAGAGCGUGCGCCGCAAGGGCCUCACGCCCUUCACCCCCGAGGAGGGCGUCUGGGCGCUGCAGCUCAACAGCGGGCAGUACUGGGCGGUGACCAGCCCCGAGCGGACGCCCCUCAGCUGUGGGCACCUGUCCCGCGUGCGGGUGGCCCUGGACCUGGAGGUGGGGGCCGUGUCCUUCUACGCCGCGGAGGACAUGCGUCACAUCUACACCUUCCGCGUCAACUUCCAAGAGCGCGUGUUUCCCCUUUUCUCUGUCUGCUCCACAGGCACCUACUUGCGAAUCUGGCCUUGAGGGGGGCGUUGCCCGGCCUGCCAGUGGGUGACCUCCUCCUAGUCCUGGCUGCCUGUGGGUAGGGAUGUGGUCCUCCGAUGGAGCCUCCUGGUCACUUUGGGUCUGCCCUCUGGACUCUUGCCCCAGGCUGCUUUUAGAAGGGCUUCUGCAGACCACAACAUCAAAGACCUGAGAGUGGGCGGCUGGGGAAAGGGCUCUGAGGUCAAUAGAGCAGGGGAAGAGAUGCCUUGGACCCUCCAGGCCUGUCCUCUACCUGUCCUAGGCCUGUAGAUUUGGCCUGAGCAGAGAGGAGGCGGAGGUGGAUAAGGACAGGAGCCCAGCUCCUGACACAGGUGCUUCCUAUCACUGCCCCAGCUCAGCAAGGCCUCUGGCUCCGUGACCUACCUACACUCACUUUCGGAAAUCUCGACUUGGGCAGCUGGGAAGGUCCCCUGGAAACGUGGUGGGUGCCUGGCUUCCAUUCUCUGCAUGCAUGACUCAGCGAGGAAAGCUGACUUCUGCUACAGAAUCACUGAGCCAAGAGGAUCAUUUCAGAAGUUUGUUGAACAACAGCAAGCCCUGGUUCUGUGCUGUCCUCAGUUACAAGGAUGCAGGUUCCUGCCAGGCCAGCCAGGUUCAUGAUCACGUCUGCUUUGCCUUCUUGUCACCUGCCAGCUCUGGCUUCAGAGACCUGGAUCUGGCUGGCCUGUUGAAGUAUACUCAGGGAGAAGCGCUGUACUCCCAGCUUAGAGGAGAGUCUGGGCCAGAACUGGAAGGAGAUCCUUGAUCUGUACAUGAGGGAAGAGCCCAGGACAACAGCAUAUAUGCAUUGCUACCGUCCAACACCCCUUAGCUUGGUGACGUGUACAUCCUUGGCCACAGUGACAGCCUCAUGUUCUCACGUUUGCCUAAACCCUUUUCAAGUGCCAAAGUACAGUCUCCCUUGGGUAAGGAGACCAAAGAUUCUGGAGUUUUGAAACACAAGACAGCAAUUAUAAUUUUACAGAAGCAACUAACACCAGCAUGGAAAUGUAGGGGGCACAGGCAUGCCCCUGACCCACUGUUCCUGGAGCUUCGAAAAUGUAUGCCAACAACAGAGGACCUUGGUGCCAAGGACUGCUCAGCCCUGUGCCUUGGUGGGUGUUAUUCCCUUGGCUAAUUGUUCCCCAGCUUCCAUAUGGCUGGGCUUCUGGGAGGGUAGAGAUGGGCUGUUCCCUUCUUAGUGGUCCCAGGAGAGGGGGAUGGGGAGAUGCAAAUACAGACUGUGAGCUCA